AUGUCGAAAAUGCUCCUGCCCAAGUCCCUCUUGCUUUCGUGCGCGACCGAGGUCAAGCAGAUCGCAGCCCGUGAGAACAACGCGACGACGUAUGUCAACUGCCACAUCGAGGCCCCCACGUGCGACGACACUGAGCGCCAGCCGAUCGACCUCGUGAUUGUCCUCGACAAGUCGGCGAGCAUGGCCGAGAUGGAGAAGCUCGAUUUAUGCAAGACGACGCUGACCUUUUUGGCGCGGGAACUCUCGGCCAAUGACCGCGUGAGCUUAGUCGUGUACGACAGUGACGUGACGACCAUUCUGCCGCUCACGCUCAUGACGCACGACGGGAAAACGCUUUUCGAAAAGCGGGUUCGCGCCAUUCAAGCAGGAACGUGCACGAACCUCAGCGGCGGUCUUUUCGCCGGCUUGGAUGAGAUUCGACGCCCAGAGCGGAGCGACGGUGGGUCGCCCAACCCCAUUCGGUCGGUGCUUCUCUUGACGGAUGGACUUGCCAACUACGGUGUGGUGAAAUCGUUGCCGCUGCUCAGCAUUCUAGAGAGCUGCUACAGCGACGCCCCCCAUACCGCCAAGGAUUACGAAGCGCCUACGUCCAGUGCUCGUGCAGAGCAGCAGUCGCCCGUGUCGCUCUUCACCUUCGGCUAUGGAGACAACCACGAUGCCAAACUCUUGCGAAGUAUCUCGGACUUUGGUCGAGGCACGUACUACUUUGUUCAGAGCGCGGACGCUGUCUCGGUCGCGUUCGCCGACUGCCUCGGAGGUCUUCUCAGCGUUGUGGCUCAAAACAUUCAACUCGAAGUGCUCGUCGCGUCGCCAGGUGUUCGCAUUCUCGACAUCAACACCAAGCGCCCCCAGCGCGUCGAGGUUCCUGGGCUGCACUAUGUGGUGGAGCUCGGUGACUUGUACAGCGAAGAGCUCCGCGAUCUUCUCGUGCACGUCCAAACCACGGCAAGUGUCGACACCGACCAGCAAUACUUGGUCGAGUUUCGUCUGCGCUACGUCAAUGUACUGACGUCCCGCAUCGAGACGACGGCGACCAUGAGCGCAAUUGCUCGCCCCAGCGUUGUCACCGACACCUCGGUGUGUCUGGCUGUUACGCGGCAAAAGCACCGACUGGAGACGGCCGAUGCCAUGGACGCCGCCCAGCGCGAGGCCGACGACGGCCACCUUGACCUCGGCCAAGCCCGACUCGCAGCGCUCAGCGAGAAGCUGCAACGCGCUUUUGCCGACUUGGGUUUGGACGCGACCGUGGGUCAAGAGAAAAUAUUGCUCGAAGACUUGCGCGAUUGCCAAGAGGCUAUGAAAACCCUCGCGGUGUACCGGUCGCGGGGCCAGUUCCGGCUCACGAACCGCGCGCAGACCCAUCAUACGCAGCGAAGCAACGACACGGAGACGUCGUGGGUCGACAUCAAGACCGAAGAUAGUUUCUGCAGCGAAGACUCUGGCACGUAUCGCAACGAGACCAAGCGCCGAGUGAUGGCCCGCGCGCUCGAUAUGACCAAGAAGGACACAUAA